AUGGAUUCUAACCUUUAUCCAUCAGUAAAACUGCCGAAUUCGUGCAAACACAUAGAUUAUAUUAAAUCGAAAGCAAUAAAUCAACUACUUCAACUCACUCACGAAGACGUUGUUGACAACGAUAGGAACCAGUGUUAUAUCCCAGGAUGCCAAAAUACGGACGUUAACCAGCUGAAAACGUUUGUUCUGAUGGGAUAUCCGCCGAAGAAGACGUACUAUUCAAUAAACUAUAUAGGAAUAGGACUGUACCCAGUGAAGAGCUUUGUAACGGACGAAUGGUACACAGCAUAUGUGCCGCUGAACAAGGCGUGUUUUAAAAACGAUGUGUACAACGUUAAAAGGUGCCUGCUCAGGCUAAUAGGAAACUCGAAACUGUGGACGACGGACUCCUACGAGGAGUUUAACUCGGCGCCAUUAGGGCACGAGCAGAAGGAAGAGGACAUGACGAACGUGUUCAAGUUCCCGCUGGAGUCGUCGCUGGGAAUUAACGUCGAAGAGUACAUAUUCGCAACGCCAUCGUGUAUGUACGCAACGAAGCCAGAGUUGUCGACGCCGUUUGAGUUCGAAGAACUGGAUAUAAACCUGCAGAUACUGGUACAGGUGAAGGCGAGGCCGGACUCGUUUAUAAAGGCAAAAAAUUCACUGAACAUAUCGAGCCCAUUUGAUUCAUGUUUCCCAAAUUCAGAAAUAGAAUGGUAUUUUAAGUCAGUGGAAGACGUGGUGGCAGAAAGGCUGCUGUUUAAAAUAAUAAGAAAGAAAAACGAAAAGGAAGAGAGUGAAGAAAGUAAAGUAACAAAGGAAUCUAAAGAGAAGAAAGUACAGUCAGUUACACUGGUAUCGCCUAACCUGAACAUGGGAAAGCAGCUGGCGUCAGACACAGGGUUCGCACAAAUAGAAAACAUGUACAAGUUUGAGAAGGGGGGAGAGGCGAUGGUCUUUGACGACCAGAAGAACGUGCUGAUUAAGAUGAAGCCGACGGAAAAGCACAACAAGGCUGUCUUCUUCCUGAAGAGCAUAGUCUCGAACAAGAAGUGCGAGUGGGACGGAGACCUGAAGCAGUGGAGAGUGUCACGAGUGUUCCUGUACGAAGCAGUUAAGUUCGCGUCGCACCUGGGACUUAAAGUGGAAAGCAAGGUUCUGUAUGAAGCUUGGACCUGGCUGAAGAGCUCAAGCGUCAAGAGCCUGCCGACAGUGUUCGACACGAACGUGUUCAUCAAGUGGCUAAAGGAGUACCCAAUAUACUCGUUCCAAAGAGUAGUGGUGGACUUCUCGAAGGAGCAACUGCUGGUGGACGUGGUGCCGUACAACAAGGAGCUGGUGGCAAUGUUCAAGGAGAGAAAGUCCACAAAAAACGGCUACAGCUGGGACAAGGAAGCCAUGAAGUGGAAGUGCAAGAGCAUCUCGGAGCUGGUGGCAGACCUGCUGUCGAUAAUGCCAAGCCUGAGAGAAUCUAGUCAGGAGGAGGAAAGGUUCCUGGAGUCGAAGGGAGUGUUCUUGGCGUCGAUGAAGACGAACGUGACACAGCAUAAGAGGCCACAUGAGCAGGAAAAGCAAAUAUACCAGAAGAGGAGGCGCAAGGGGGAGCCGGAAGACGACACUUCGGAAUUCGUUACGAAGCUGAUAAUAACAGUAGCAGCGAAAGACGGCCACGUACAGAGGCUCAUGGAAAAGCUGCAGACGGUGGUCAAGAAAAUAUUGCCGCCAAAAAGCAGUAUCUCCUCAAGCGGGAAGGUGAUCAUGGGAGGAGCGGGAACGGCAGGAAUAGAGGUCGUGCAAACGCCCUCAGACCUCGACACGUGGAACCAAGUGUCAAUGUGCAUAGUGCCAGACGAAGAGGAGAGUCAAAUACCAGUGGACAAAUACGACCAGAACCUGCUGGCGAGCCUGAUCGGGGACGUGUUCAUAGUGAAGGAGUCGGCGAUCGACUACCUGCUGAGCAACUUCGAAGUGUGGCCGGGGCCGCACGACUCAGUGAACUACACGAGGUGGAGUUUCAUAAUAAACAAGUGUGAGCCGAAGUGUUGGGGCGGAGUGGACUUCGACGGGAGGCAGAGCCUGGCGCAGACAGGGCUCUUCGACGACGAGGACUUCUACAUAUCGGGAACGAACAAGGAAUCGCAGUACAUAAGGAUGCUGAUACUGCUGGGAUGCGGAAACAUAGUCGACGACGCAAAGGACGCAGAGUACGUGAUCAUCACGGACAAGGAGCUGCCGGAAGCGUCAGAGCUCUACAAGUAA